AUGUCUUCCUCAGUCAGACCUGGAGGCCCAGAAGCCAAGGUCGUAUCAUUUGGUACUCCAGCAAAUUCUGCAUCUGCCAGAAAUGGCGGUCCCCCGAAAACAACCUCCCAAAGCGAGAAAGAAGUCAUAGAAUCAGUCACGCCCACGGCAGCUCUGGCAGUUGCUCCAGAAGUCACCGCAGAGUUCAUAUUACACGACAAGGAAGCGCUUACCCCUGACCCUGGAACAGAAAAGCUGUUCGAAGUAGAAGAUAAUCCAUUUGCGUUCAGUCCCGGCCAGCUAUCGAAGCUUCUCAACCCGAAGAGUCUCAGUGCGUUUUAUGCGCUUGGUGGAAUUGCAGGAUUGGAGAAGGGAUUGCGAACAAAUGUGAACAGUGGUUUGAGCUUAGAUGAGACGGAAUUGGAUGGAGAAGUCUCCUUUGAACAGGCUACUGCGGGAACAUCUAAGGAAGACGUCAAUGGAAAGUCUAAUGGAGCUGUACGGGUUGGGACUGGCGCUGCUACUGCACCGCAUGGAAACGCGGACGAGCAGUAUGAAGACCGCAAACGUGUUUUCGCUGAUAACCGUCUCCCGGAGAAGAAGAGCAAGACUCUGUUACAGCUAGCAUGGAUCGCUUACAACGACAAAGUCCUGAUUCUCUUGUCAAUCGCUGCAGUAGUAUCCCUUUCUCUAGGUCUAUACCAGACUUUCGGACAGAAGCACAAACCUGGUGAGGCAAAGGUCGAGUGGGUUGAAGGUGUUGCGAUUAUGGCUGCGAUUCUCAUUGUGGUUGUUGUUGGCACGAUCAAUGACUGGCAGAAGGAGCGUCAAUUCGUCAAACUGAACAAGAAGAAGGAAGAUCGCUCGGUCAAAGUCAUUCGGUCCGGAAAGUCAAUGGAGAUCUCUGUGUACGAUGUAUUGGUCGGCGAUGUCAUGCAUCUCGAGCCUGGAGAUAUGGUUCCUGUUGAUGGGAUCUUGAUUGAAGGCCAUUCCAUCAAAUGCGAUGAGUCGUCCGCUACGGGCGAGUCAGAUCUCCUGAAGAAGCAGUCUGGUGCGGAAGUUUUGAAAACCAUCCAGGCAGGAGGAAGUCUCAAGAAGCUGGAUCCUUUUAUUCUGUCUGGAAGUAAGAUGGCAGAGGGGACCGGAAAGUUCAUGGUCACAGGUGUUGGAGUCAACUCGACCUUCGGCAAAACUAUGAUGUCUCUCAGACAGGAAACGGACGCGACGCCGCUUCAACAGAAGCUCAAUAUCCUUGCUGAAUAUAUCGCUAAACUUGGUGGUGGGGCUGCGUUGGUGUUGUUCGUGGUGUUGUUUAUCAAGUUUUUGGCGCAGUUGAAGGGUAGUCCGUUGUCUCCUUCUGAGAAGGGACAGGAGUUCUUGCAGAUUUUCAUUGUCUCCGUCACAGUUGUGGUGGUGGCUGUUCCUGAAGGCUUGCCCCUUGCUGUGACGCUCGCACUCGCAUUCGCCACUACCCGCAUGUUGAAAGACAACAAUCUGGUCCGAGUCUUAAGAGCUUGUGAAACGAUGGGCAACGCCACCACCGUUUGUUCCGACAAAACCGGUACUUUGACAGAAAACAAGAUGACAUUGGUUGCUGCAACUAUUGGAAGCUCUUUACAGUUUGGUCGGCAAACCAUGUCGAAUCACGAUGCCGGUAGCGUCAUUCAUCACGAUAUCAAAGCUGAUGAGAACGCCGACGACAAAUCUGAGGACAAGGAGAUUGUCCCAAGUGGAAGCGCUGAUGAUGCGAUGCCUGCUGCAGACUUUCUCGCCCGACUAAGUGCCACCGUGAAGACUCUACUUGCUCAAUCUAUUGUCAUCAAUUCUACCGCAUUCGAGGGAGAGCAAGACGGACGGCAAACAUUCAUCGGAUCCAAAACUGAAACAGCACUUCUGGAGUUUGCUCGCACACAUCUCGCAGUCGGCCCACUCCAGGAAGCACGAUCAAAUGUCAACGUGGUUCAAGUUGUACCUUUCGACUCGGCAGUCAAGUACAUGGCUUGUGUUGUCAAGCUUGAGAAUGGAUCCUUCCGCGCAUACGCCAAGGGUGCUUCUGAGAUCUUGUUGGCCAAGUGCACCAAGAUCGUCCAGGACCCGUCAAAUGAAUUACUCGGUGAAAGCGCACUGGCUGCUCAGGAUAUUGAAUCGCUGAACCAAAUCAUCUCCACUUAUGCAUCUCGCUCACUCCGAACCAUCGCUCUGCUGUACAAGGACUUCCCAAGCUGGCCACCCGCUGAAGCUGCCAUCCCCGAAGACCCAACUCAGGCAAAUUUCAAUCAAGUCUUCAACGACAUGACUCUCCUCGGUAUAGUCGGCAUCCAAGAUCCUUUGCGCCAAGGUGUCAAGGAAGCAGUCAUUGAUUGCCAGAAUGCCGGUGUCAUCGUCCGAAUGGUCACCGGAGACAAUAUCCAGACUGCCCAAGCCAUUGCCGAAGAGUGCGGUAUUUACACACCAGCCACUGGAGGAGUAGUCAUGGAAGGACCGACAUUCAGAAAAUUAAGUCAAGAGGAUAUGGAUAAGAUGCUACCGAAAUUGCAAGUCCUUGCUCGAUCGAGUCCUGAGGAUAAGCGAAUUUUGGUCAAGAGAUUGAAGGAGCUCGGGGAAACGGUUGCUGUUACAGGUGAUGGAACAAACGAUGCUCCUGCACUUAAGAUGGCUGAUAUUGGGUUCUCUAUGGGUAUUGCUGGAACUGAGGUUGCCAAAGAAGCGUCGUCGAUCAUUAUCAUGGACGAUAGUUUUGCAUCGAUCGUGAAGGCUCUCAUGUGGGGUAGAGCUGUUAAUGAUGCUGUCAAGAAGUUCUUGCAGUUCCAAAUCACCGUAAACAUCACCGCCGUCGUAUUGACAUUCGUCUCCGCUGUUGCCAGUUCAACGGAGGAGUCCGUCCUCAGCGCCGUCCAACUUCUCUGGGUGAACCUCAUCAUGGACACUUUCGCCGCUCUUGCUCUCGCAACCGAUCCUCCAACUCGCAAUAUCUUGAAUCGCAAGCCUGAGAAGAAAUCAGCUCCGUUGAUUACACUCAACAUGUGGAAGAUGAUUAUCGGACAGGCUAUCUUCCAGAUUGUGGUUACUUUCAUCUUGAAUUUUGCUGGCAAGAAGAUUUUCGGAUACGAUUCGCCGAAGGAGGAGAAGGAGUUGAGAACGUUGAUCUUCAAUACUUUCGUUUGGAUGCAGAUUUUCAAUCAGUACAACAAUCGCCGUCUUGACAACAAAUUCAACAUCUUCGAAGGCAUCCAGCACAAUUGGUUCUUCUGCAUCAUCAACGUAAUCAUGAUCGGCGGCCAAGUAAUGAUCGUCUUCGUAGGCGGCGAAGCCUUCAAAGUGACACCCCUCGAUGGCAAACAAUGGGGAAUAUGCAUCGCUCUCGGCGCACUCUCCCUCCCCGUCGCAAUCAUCAUCCGUCUCAUCCCAGACCACUAUAUCGCCAAACUGAUCCCGACAACGAAAUGGAAGAAGAGUCUUGCGCCGGAUAUCUAUGAUACGGAGGAGGCGAAUAUUAAGGCGUUGAGGAGGAGGGGAUCUAGACCGGAGGAGUUGAGCUUUAUUAGGAGUAUUAGGGGUGGGAGAGUGAGUAGUUUGAGACUGAAGAUUGAGGAUAAGAUGCAUGAUAUGCAUAUGCAUGGACAUGUGCAUGGGCAUGGUCAUGGAGAGAAUGAGAAGAAGGUGGUGGAAUAG